AUGGUAGAUGUUGGCUGUUGCGAGGUUGAAAUUUUCAUUAUCUUACAAUAUACACAGAGCCACACAAUGGAUGUCCAGUACAUAGACUCACAAGAACCACAGCCGAUUCAGAUCGACGAUGAUUACUACUCGCUACCAACCCACACACCAAAGUCAGAAGUAGCUGAGUCAAGAAUUACCUUGGACGACUAUUUGCGCGCGAAGUAUCAAUAA